AUGCGUUUCUAUUUCUAUGCAUUCGUUGCACUCGCUGCAAUUGCUAAACCUGUCAUCUCAGCACCAUCCCAUCACGAUGGCGAGCUGUCUGACCUUGAAGUCGGCCCUAGCCUUCUGAUCCCUAGUGGCUCUGUCCCCUCUUCCGGCCUUAUAGUCAAGUGUCUUCCCGUCGACGAGCCCCCUGCCGGCCGUCAUACCUCGGAUCCCGAAGAAGAGUGUUUCCACGGACGAACUGCUCCGACCUGGAAUGAGGACGAGCCCUGGAACGGUGGCUCCAUCGGCUGCAACUACUACCCCAACGGACCCGAACCCAAGACCGAAAAGUACGAGUUGAUUCCCGGUGAUCAAGGCGCUGCUAUUCAGAAUGUAACGAUCUCGGCCGAAUUCGAGUCUAUGCAGCCUCUGCAGAUCAAGAUGACCGUCAACAACACCACGCCCCUGCCCAUCACCUUCUGGAAGGAGUGGUCCCCUGUUAGCAAGCGCGGUUGGGAACUUGGCUACUUCUCCAUCGAGUCCGAGAUCUGGGGCCAGUUCUUCGGCAGAGUCGGCCAGAAGUACCGCAUGGCUACUCUGACGGACAUCCCCAAGCGACCCGAGAAUAGCGAGGAGUUGGUUCAGCUCAACCCCGGCGAGUCAAUCUCUGAAGUUGUCGAGAUCCCCCACUGUGUACCCAAGCAAGGCUCUGAUCUUUGUAAGCCUUACAUGUGGGAACGCUGGACCGAGAUGCUCCGACUGGCGGGCAUCAAGAGAAUCUUUAUCCAGGGAGACUGGUAUGGUAUCUGGGCCCAGCCCAAGGAGGAGGUUAUGGAGACCUUGGUGGACGAGCCCAUGUUGGGUUACUGGACUCGCUGGUGGGCCAACAAUGUUUUGUUGCCCACGCCCGAGCAGCUCAAGGAGUUUGGCACCUACCUCCCUUUCAAUAAGCCUUGGUACGAGACUGAGGCAGCCUUGGUGGGAAACUUUACUGCUGUUUAG